AGAGAGAGAGAGAGAGAGAGAGAGAGAGAGAUCAGGUGGGUUAUGUUUUUUUGCUGUCCCAUUUGACAGCCAUGGUAACGAAGCUCAGUGUCUAGUGGAUAUUCCUGUUAGCAUAAAAUAAAGGUUUAGGGAAAGAAGAAACAGGAAUUUACAGAAACCAGGACAGAACGUCCCACAGGCGGAAAGAGUGCUACACACAAAAGGCUAUACUGAAUGGGCAGAAAGAGGCAUGAAGAAAGAAAAUAAGAUGGACUGAGUCCGAACAAGAGCAAAGAAGAGCCAAGCCACACUUACUGCUGGCCAAAAUUCUUGAAUUUCUAUAUCUUUAAUAGAAAUCAGGAUGACACAGAGGCAUUAUCGAAAGCCUUCUCAAUUCAUUCAAAGGUUUGCAUAAAUUCAGCCCCUUUAAAUAAGCCUAAAUAAAUUUUCAAAUUUGCAAGGCAAAAGGCAGAGAUUAAAAAUCAUUUUCAAAACGUGCAUGGCUUCUCUGUCACUGCAGAGGCUGGCGCUGUCAAGAAAGGACAGCCUUGCCUCCCCUUCUUUGGAAGACCCCUUCUAUCCCUUUCCCUCUCAGCGCAGGGACUCACUAGUUACUCCAGAACUCACUAAGCCACCCUGCCUUGAGGAUUCCCUGCAGUCCAAUUCUAGUGAUCUGUCACUGAACAGAGAUCUGACCCUCGCAGCAGAACUUGGAAAAGCAUUGCUGGAGAAUAACGAGGAGCUGAGGGCCACACUGGCUGAACGGGACAAGGAAAUUGAGAAAUGCUAUUCUUUCAUUGAGACUUUACAACAGCAACAUCAUGAGAUAAAGUUGAAACUGGAAUCUGAGAACUCUGAGUUGGCACAGCGUGUUGCUGAUUUAGAAUCUGAGCUGACAGAGGCAAAGUCUGACUUACAAAGAAGGCAGAAUCAGAGCAGAGACAAGAAGAAGGAGGACAAUGAUGACCUAAAGGAUCUGUCCAGUCAUAACCAGAGGCUUGUGGAGCAGCUUGCAGAGGCAGUGGGAAUCGAACAUGAGCUAAGGAAGGAGCUGCGGAGUUUAAGAGAAGAACUGGAGGAAAAAAAUUUAAAAAACUCGAUUUGGGCAACAAAGAUGGAUGGACUACAGAUACAGAAUUCUUUGCUGUUGGAAAGAAAGAUUGAUUCAGAAAAGCAAAUGAAAUUCUUUCAGGAGGAAAAUGGGAGACUGAAAAAUGAAGUAACCACACUACAGGACAAACUGAAUGAAUUGCUGGAUAAAAGCAGGGACAAAGAAAAUGAGCUGUUACAGAACCGGGCAGACUUGUUUGAACUCCGAUCUGUGAAUCGCUCACUCCAGACCCGGAUUCAAGACCUUGGAGAAGAAAUUACCCUGAAGGAGAUGGACUCUCCUUUACCAUCCAUACAAUUGGAGAUAGAGGAAGCACAGAGAGCGGAUGCCUUAUUCCUUCUUUCAGAGGUUGUAAAAGAAAAAGACAAGGAAAUUGAGAGACUAAAAAAUGAGCUGCAAACUCGGAUGUUGGAAAUUUCAUCUUUUCAAGAAGAGCUGAAAAGACUCAAUGGGGAAACUGAGCUCUCAAAGAGAAGCUCUAUAGAGUCUGAACUUGAGCAGAUCAGAAUAGAGCGAGACUCUCUUAAUGUGCAGCUGAUGCACACCAUCCAGCACAAGGUGGCACUCUCACAAGAACUUGAGGCAUGGCAGGAGGAUAUGCAGCUGGUGAUUAGCCAACAGGUCCAAAACCAACGAGAGGAUGAAAGAGAAAAAGAGCGUCAGGCAUCGAUAAGGAGAAGCAACUCCACACACAGCAGGAGAUCAUUCCGAGGAACAGAAGGGGAAAAGGGCGGUGGUUUCUUUUCAUCCUGGUUUAAGUAGACUGCAGCUAACAUCUUUAACUCAUACGGUGGCUGUAUUUAUAGAGUUUCAGCCUUAUGAUCUACCUCCUUUAUACACACUGUUGCUCUACCACUUCGUCUGAGGUUCCAUGUUGUGCCUCAUCAACAGGAGAGGAUCAGCCAUGUAGCCAUUGAAAGGCACCUCCAAUCCAACAAGGUCAGCAGAGUGCCAUAGCAAAGAACCUUGCAGUUUGUCUCCUUGUUGCAAUGCCCUACACAUUUAUUACCUUUAACAAACAGACCACAGGGAGUAUAAUGUUUAGUGUUGAAGCUUAGCUUUAUGUUUCCUUGUUGGAAUUAUUUUACAUGAAAGACUAGGCUUGAUUUUACCAAGGAACAUCAAAUAUACUGGCGAUGUGCUUUCUCUAGAGCUUCUUCUGUGGCUCCUAAGGGCAAAACUAUGUAAUCUUUAAGUUGUAGUAGCCAGCAGCAGAAGGAAUCAACAUCUAUUAGUAAAACUACCUCAGAAAUAACUGACAUAAUAGUCCUUAUUAUUAAUGUAAAUUAUGUAAAAUACACUUAAGAAAUGUUUUCAUUUAUAUUGUUAGUACCAGCCAGAUUAAAGGUUCGGCUUAGCCAUGAUCCAAGAAUGGUCAAUAAGUCAGCUGUAGGAGUUGAAUCAGCAAUUGUGAUUUAAAAUCAAUGCCCUACAAUGUAUGCUUCAAUUCAUCAAACUAUUUCUGCUGCUCCCGUCCUUUAAAAGCUAAUGGAAACGCCAGUCUAUCACUUUGAAAACACACAGUGGCUCCGACUGCCUCGUUUCUGUUUCUGGCAUUCCAGGAUAGUUCCCUACAUUCAACUAAUCUGCUGUAAAAUUAGCAUCUGUCACCUUAAAGUGGGAACCGCAUGAAAAGUCAUGAAAAAUCCCACCACCAGGAGGAACAACUUGUCAUUCAACACUCAUGAAAAUGACUGAGAAACCACCAGAGUUUGGAAUAAAUAAAUACGUUAUUAUUUCAA